AUGGUGACCCUUGACCCCUGCUCCAGUGCCACGUGGCCUGGCCCGGUGCUGGUGCCGGUGCCGGUGCCGGUGCUGACGCUGGUCCCGGUACAGGCCCGGUGCCGGUGCUAUGGCAGUGUCCCGGUACCGGUGCUGACGCUGUUCCCGGCGCCGCGCUCGGCCCGCCGGGAGGUGGCGCUGCAGCUGCAGGUGGUGGAGGCCGCGCGCCGCCUGGCGGCCGCCCCGGGACUAGCACCGGAGCAGAGGCGGAGGCGGCAGCGGCUGCAGGCGGAGGCGGCGCAGAGACUGCGGCAGCUGCGGGCGCAGCUGGGAGCCGGGAACGAUGAGAACGGGUCCCUCUGUGAUCUGCCUGUGCUGGAGAAUGGAGCUCUGCCCACCCCAAAGCCCACCCCAGUGCCCCCCCCCCUGGCCGCCCCUCACCCCCCCGGCAGUCCCGGCAGCCCCGAGCACCGGCCCCCCUGGGCCCCCGACGGGCGCCGCAGCUCCCUCGCCAGCCCCGCCAGCCCGGCACGGACCCUGCCCCGCAGCGCAUCCAGCUUCGAGGGCCGCAGUGUCCCAGCUACCCCGGUGCUGGCGCGGAGCCCCUGUGCCCGUGGGCACCCACUGUGCCGCCCUGAGGCUCAGGGGCUGCCUGCCCGUCCCUGGUCUGGCAGCCAGGACUCCCAGCUGGGGGGGCCCCCAGCGCCCCCCCCCCCCCCAUCCCAUGCGCCCCGCACCCGCCGCAGCAACAGCUCCGAGGCUCUGAUCGACUGGGGGGACCCACAGCCCCCUGGCACCCUGGUGUGA